GUAAGAAAAAACUAUAAACCUGGUUAACGGUGAUUGUUAACCGUUACCGGUGUUUUUCAACAAUUGGCUGGUUUCAGCAGACAGCUGCAGACAGUAAUCAGUAUUCAGAUUUCAGUUUUAACUCAAUUUCAAUAUACCUACAUAAUAUAGUCAUCAAUCGUUAGAUAACCGUUCCAGGGACGGAGAGAAAACGCCAUAGAUCUGUUAAGCGUCUUCAACAUAUAGUGAAGAUCAUUUUUUUAAAGUUAAUUGUUUUCGUUAUUAUUUUAUGUAAGGUGAAUUGUUUUUUUCCUAACCGUUUUAACUAUGGUCAAUGUUGUUUAAGAGUAAAUUUAUGUUUUUUGAAAAAAUAAUUUAUUAGCUAGUAUUUAUAUUUAUUUGAUUGAAAUUGAACUAUAUGAGUAACAUGGAGUCAAAUAGGAGUUUGAUAAAGAGUAGUACAAAGGAUUAUGAUACUGUUAAAGUGAAGAUUGAAAAUGAGGAUUCUGGUUUAGACUGUAUUACAACUGAUACAAAUAUGACUGAACCAAAUAUGGAGAAUUGCAUAAAUGAAAAUCAAUCCGUGAAUUACAAUGAGAAUGAAAACGAUGAUUCGGGUUUGGAUAACAUUACAAGUAGUAACAUUACAACUAAUUUAAUUGACAAUAGUUUCUUGCCUAAAGAAAUGCUAAUAGAGGAACAACGCCUGCGAGAAGAACACAGACAAGAAGAUGAUGCUAUGGUUGACGACCUUGAUGAACAAGAAAAGCAAAAAAGAUUUCAAAAUUUAUUAACUCUUUUGGAAAACAGUACCAAGCUAACAGACAUUUUUGAGACUAGAUUAAAAAAAUGUAAACUACAAAUUAUAAAAAAAGAAAUCCAGGCAAAAAAGAAAGCUGAUAAAAUGAAAGAAAACUUACCAUCGAACAAUAAAUUGAAUGAAGAUAAAAAAACGAUAACAGAUAAUUUUGUGGAAGAAGAAUAUUAUUUGAGCUUGUUCAAACAACCAAAAUUAUUUCACGGAACUCUAAAAUCUCAUCAAGUAGAAGGACUCCUUUGGAUUAGGACGUUAUUUGAAAACGGCUUAAAUGGUAUUCUAGCUGAUGAUAUGGGUCUUGGUAAAACUAUACAAACUAUAGCGUUCUACUGCUUUCUCAUCGAAAUGGGUAUAAAAGGACCUUUUCUAGUCAUUGCACCUCUUUCAACUAUACCUAAUUGGUUAUCGGAAUUUGUUAAAUUUUCUCCUGAAUUGCCUACAGUAUUGUACCACGGUACAGAAGACAAACGUAAGGAUGCUCGGCCUCUGAUUAAAAAAACUCAAAAAGUCAACAACAUGAACUGCUUUCCUGUAAUCAUAACGACCUAUGACGUGAUGAGAACAGACGUUAAUUUUUUGGCAACUAUAGACUGGAAGUAUAUUACAGUUGAUGAAGGACAUAAACUCAAAAAUUUCAACGCACAAGUGUCAAAGGCUAUGCGUAAGUUUAGUUGUGCAAAUAAGCUUAUUCUCACCGGAACACCUAUUCAAAAUGAUAUGUCUGAACUUUGGUCUUUGUUGAAUUUAUUGAUGCCCAAAUUAUUUAAUAAACUAGAAGACUUCAACUCAUGGUUUGUGAUUGAAGACUUUUUCAGUGAUAACCACAAAAUAGCCAAUAUGGCGAAAAAAAAUGAAAUUUUAGAUAUUAUUCAAAAGGUUAUAAAGCCUUUUAUUUUGAGACGUGAAAAAAAAGAAACUGAUUUAAACCUUCCCCCGAAAAAAGAAAUUGUUGUUUAUGCUCCAAUCACCGAGAAACAACAAGAACUGUACAUGGCUACGUUACAAAAACACAUGGAAGUAUUACUAAAUAAAGAAAAGGAGGACAGUAACAUUAUAGAGGGGCCGAGACCUAAACGAAAAUGUGUUGAAUCUAUAAUAGAAUAUACUGAUAUGCUUGCCAUAAAAACUGACCCUAAAGAAGAAGAAGUGCCUAUUAGAGAAGUGGCGCUCAGCAUUGUAAUGCAAAACCCUGUCAUGCAACUAAAAAAAAUAGCAAACCAUCCUUACCUUGUUCACAUGCCACUAAUUAAAGGCACGGAACAAAUUUUGGUUGAUGAAAAUAUUGUAAAAGUUAGCGGAAAAUUUCAAGUAUUGGACGCCAUGCUGACUAAGUUAAAACUGCUCGGACAUAAGGUGUUACUAUUUUCAACGAUGACACAAUUGUUAGAUGUUAUCGAAGAGUUUAUGAUUUACCGUUCGCAUAAAUAUACUCGUUUAGAUGGUACAAUGCAGAUUGAGGGUCGUGUCGAAGCUAUGAGAAUAUUCAAUACUGAUCCGGAAUAUUUUAUAAUGUUGAUAUCGACGCGUGCUGGUGGACUUGGUUUGAAUCUUACGUCAGCAGAUACUGUUAUAAUAUUUGAUAGCGAUUGGAAUCCUCAAGUAGAUUUACAAGCUCAAGAUAGAUGUCACAGGAUGGGACAAGAAAAACCUGUUGUCGUUUACCGUUUAUGUUGCAAAAACACUAUUGACGAAAAGAUAUUAACGCGUGCCACAGCAAAAAGGAAACUCGAAAAAAUUGUCAUCGGAAGCGGUACAUUUAAUAAUAGGAGUUCAAAACUAUCACUAACUUCUAUCGAGGAAUUAUUAACUUUGUUAGAAUCGUCUGAUUACAACAAGAAAAUUCAGUCUAAUGGAUUUAUUUUUACUGAUGAAGAACUAGAUGCACUUCUAGAUCGUUCCGAUUUGAUGAUAGAAGCGACCUCCAAGACGACUACAUCAAAACCAGUUGGCCAUUUCAAAGUAGUGAGUUCAUCGUAAAAUUGUAUUUAUAAUUCCUAUGUUUAUUUUUAUAUUUUUUUAAUUUCAAGUAUUUUUCUUAUAUGUUUCACCAUCACAAAAACUACCUAUAAUUUGUUUUAUAUUUUUUUAAUUUUAUAAUGUAUACUUGUUUUUGUUUAAUGUAUAAAAAUAGAUUGAUAAUGCAUUUUUGUUUUUAUAAGGAAAUAAAUUUCUAAUGUUGCAUGACAAAUACUAAUAAUAAAAUUUAAAAAGAAAUUGUGU